CUACACAUGGCCACCUCGGUCUCUGCAAAGAUUGAACCUAUUAUAGCUCACGUCAAGGCAUGUCUUGAACGGCACAGGCCGACCUCUGUUGCAAGUGAAAGCGGAGGUGUGAAUGUGAACUCCAAGGCGGUACCAACACUCUUUGUCGCGUUCCAGGGGCCUCAGGGAUCAGGGAAGACGUUCCUAACUUCCCAUCUACACAAAGCGCUUUCCGCACCGCCACACAAUCUGUCAGUCGCGGUGCUAAGUAUCGACGACCUAUACCUCCCGCAUGACGGCCUCGUACACGUCGCACGUACGCAUCCGAAUAACAGAUUGCUGGCUGGACGUGGACAGCCUGGAACGCAUGAUGUACCUCUGGGAACGAGGCUUCUCGAAGAACUUAGCGCGAUUAAUGAUAACUUGUACUUAAGCUCGGAAUCUGGUGGAUCUGAGAAGGACGGGGCAGACAGGAAAGAAGUUCGAUUUCCGUUCUUUGACAAGAGUCUGUAUGAUGGGGAAGGAGAUCGUGUAGCGGAUGGUGGUCCGAUCGUUCGUCCCCCGCUUGACGUUGUUCUCUUCGAAGGCUGGUGCGUUGGCUUCUGCCCCACCAAUCCAGAUGAAAUCAGACGACGAUUCGCGCAGCACAUGCCGGAUCUUGAGGGAAUACUUGACUUGCAGGCAGUUUUCAAAGAGGAAGACAUAUUCCAGAUAAAUCAGAAUCUUUGGGAUUAUACCAAGUGGUGGGAGUUCUUUGACGUGUUCAUACAGGUAAAACCUCCUGAUUCGACUCCAUAUUCACUCAUAUACAAAUGGCGACUGCAACAGGAGCACGAUAUGAAAGGAAAGAACGGUGGGAGGGGUAUGACGGACGAACAAGUCAAGACAUUCGUCGAUCGUUACAUUCCAGGGUACGUGUUCUUCGCAGAUGGCAUCGAACACGGGUACGUUGGCGCCUCUGGGGUGCGACAUGCUCCACGGUGGCUAGGAAAUGGAUUGAAAGUAGCGAUUGACGAGGAACGGAACUUGGUUUCUGUUGAUAAAUUUUAACGGAAUCGUACUAUAUAUAGUUCAAU